AUGAAUUUCAGUGCUCAAUUUUGGAGUCAAUUCGGUAUGCUUAUGAAGGAGAAUGGAUUUGAUCGUCAUUUUGAAAACCAAGACUUGUAGUUGACUACUCUGUUGGAAGAUGAUUUAAUAAUUGGUGAGUUCAGAAAUCAAAAUUAGAAACUUAUGGAAUAUAUGCAAAAGAAACAAGUGGCUGAGUUGGUCAGUUAUUUAACUGAGAUGCCAGUAGAUGAUUCAAAUUCAAAAAGAGCAUUUAGAUAUCCGUUUUAUUCAUGUGAAUUGUUGGUGUGUUGUGAGAAUCCUAAGAUUCUAGAGUAAUUUUUUGGAGAAGACAGAUCUCUAUUGCAUAAAUUAUUUUAAUUUUUUGUUUCCGACGAAGAGGUGAACCCUGUUUUGGCAGGAUAUGUAUGUAAUGUGCUAUUUAAUCUGUUAAAAAUGAGAACAGACAUCUUUCUAGCCGAAUUCUAUUAAUAUUAGAAUUUAGUAGAUGGAUUAAUCAAACAAUUAUAAUCUCGUUCAGUUACAGAACUUGUAAUUCGCUUAUUAACAAUCGAAUAAGAAACACAAGUAGAUUAUACACCUUAGAGACUUCAAUUAAUCAAAGGAGUAGUUGAUAGAAUUGUUGAUACCUCAAAUUUUGAAGUAUCAACCAAUGUAUCUCACAUCAUCCAGGAAAUCACCUUAAAGGCCUAUGUAAUUUUCAAAGCAUAACCACUCUUUGAAUUCUUAUAUGGAGAAUCGAUAGAUCAAUUCUGCAAAUCUAUUGUUCAUGAGAACAACUUCGUCUCUCUUGCUUCAGGAACUGCUUUGUAUAAUCUGCUCACAUUGCUUUACAAAAUAGCCACAAGACAAGGAGAUCCAGCUGAAAGUGCUAUAUUCUAAGUGAAUUAGCAGGAGCUAUUCAAUAGAAUAGAGUCGCAUCUAAAUAAAUGGUUAGAGUUCUUGUAAAACUCAGAAGCACGUAUUUUUGGGUAACACAAGGUUAAAAUUCUGGAAAUAAUUGGAGUUUGCAUAAGUUUAAAUUAAGAAUCUUUUGUUACUAAGUUGAAUGAAUUGGAUAUCUUCAAAGUUUAUAAUUCAUUAUUUAUCAAAUAUGAAAAGCAUGAUAUUUUGCAUCUGCAAUAUUAUAGGUUUUUGGUGCAUAUAAUCGAGUAGAGAUUGGACAGUUUAGUUUAGAGUUUAUUCAAUCAAAAUGAGUUUAUCCAAUUUUUAUUGAAGUGUACUUCAGAAGUGAGUAACGAUAAGAAUUAGAGAAAGGAGUAUUUGGGAUUUGUAACUAAGUUGGCUCAUUUUUUGGAGGAGUUUUCAUCAAAAUACCCAUUUUUAUAAUCAGAAUUGGAGAAGGACACCUGGAAACAGUUUAAGGAAUAAUAUUUUGAUAAAGCUGAGAAACUGAAUAAUCACGAAUUGGGUGGUCAUACAAGAGCUGAUAAUAACGAAGAGGUUGAUUUUAAUAAGGAGGACAUCCAAAAUAAAUAUGACGAUUUUUUGAAAUCAAAUCAUGAUGAGAAGAUGUAGAAUGAAAGCAAUACUCAGAACAUAUAAAACAUUUUUGAUGCUUUCAAUAUAGGUAGUAAUGAUUAAUCAAAUUCAACUGAUGGAUAAUAGUAAUAAUAGUAGGAUUGGUCUAACUUUUCAUGGGGGUAGGAGUAGAGUUAAGGAGAAGGGACAUAGCAAUAGGAUUUCUAGUCAUUUGGAGAGGGAGAGCAAAAGAAAGAGUAGGUGAUGGAAUUUGAACAGUAAAGCAAAGCAGCAGUAAAGCAUGACUUUGCAUAAGAGGAGAAGGAUGAUGAAUAUGUUCGUUUUUGGCAAUUUUAGGUUCAUGAGCACGAUUCUAAAUUACACGAUGACGCUCUGUAUGAGUUCGAGAAAAAUUAUUGA